AUGAAACAUACGAAGUUACUCACGAUUAUAUUAAAACUUUUUCUAAUAUCGACCUACUUCGGUAUCGCAUCGGGUUUAAAAUUAGUCGGUUCGAAUUCGGAUGUCUGUCAAAAGGGGGUUUGUUUGAAAAAAUGUUGCCCGGCAAAUUUAUAUGUGUUUAGGAACAAAACAAAACCAUGUGUGCCGUACACGAAAGCCGAACUGCAUAUAUCGAUACCUGUUUACGAUAAGACCAUAACAGCCACAGGAAAGAUGGUGGAAGACUUUUUCUCCUUUGAAGCAAACGUUUUUAGUAAUAUUACUUUUAAGAGGAACGCUUUCGAAAUAUUAUCGGGUGGAUUCAACGCUUACGUAACAGAGAGUGGCGUUUUGUACUCUGAAUAUCCGAACGCAUUCGAUAGAUGGCAAAUUUUGGAUUCAGAUGACUUCUGCUUGGAUUUUGUGAUCCCGAGAAAUUCCUCCAGAUCACCUUUUCUCGGUGUCUGGGCAAGAUUCGAAAACAAGCCGAUGGCCAAAGGCAACGGAUAUUUUACCACAGGGAUGAUUGUUUCUUGCGUGUUCUUGGCAAUUGUUCUGGUAGUGUACGGUCUGCUGCCUGAACUAAGGAACCUCGGCGGCAUGGUGCUGAUGGCGUACGACCUCAGCCUCUUGUUUGCGUUCAUAUUCCUCAUGGUUGUGCAGCAGCCCGAACUGUCAGUAGAGAGCUGUAUUAAUUAUACAAUGACUACUUAUUUCUUCUUCCUGGCCACUUUCUGUUGGAUGAAUAUUAUGUCAUACGAUAUCUGGUGGACAUUCAGAGGCUACGCUAAAGCUCGUCCCAUACAUCGGCGAGGUGAGAAAUUCAAGUUUGUCAUGUACUGUCUUUACGCGUGGGGACUUCCCUUAGCAAUGACCAUCGGUCUGUAUGUGUUAAACACAAUGAACCUACGUCAUAUCCCCUGGUUCGUCACCCCGAAGAUACCGGAGAAAGGAUGCUUCCUAGAAGGUGGUGAAAAGCUCCUAUAUCUCUAUGUACCUAUGUUAGUAAUGAUUUUGCUCAACUGGUUAUUCUUCUUAAUGACCGCUUUCAACAUUUGGCGAUUGAGUAGAGGCACAGCUGUACUGGACACUGCUGCAGCUGGUAGUCCAGCCGCCCACCGCACGCAUCGCCACAGAUUCUUGGUUUAUCUUAAACUGUCACUGCUGAUGGGGCUUAACUGGCUGUUAGAGGUGGUGAGCUCGUUCAUGCCCGAUUUUAACGUUUGGUACAUCUCGGAUACAUUCAAUCUGCUGAUGGGGCUGACCAUUUUCCUCAUAUUUGUCUGCAAGAAGAAAAUAUUAAGGAAACUCGUGAAGAGGUUCAGAGGUUUCAGAAAAUCAAAGUGGCAUCCAUCAUCAUUCCACAGCAGGUCCAGUCGAUCAAAUAGCUCUACCGAGUCAUCCAUUGUCACACAAGAAACACCUCUUCAAAUAUGCAUCAACCCUAAGGGACCUUGA